AAGGAGAAAAUACGCUGUAGAAACACUGAUCGUUCAGAUAUUGUUAUGAGAAAAUGAAAAUACUUUAUUAAAAGAUUUGUAAUUAAAGCUGUUUUCUAUUUCUCCAGAUUCAGCAAACUCUCUAGAAGUAAAGACUAGAAAAGACCUACAGAAAUGGAGAACGCAAGCAUAAGCCAGUCGAAGCUUCAGGCCACGAAGACUCUGAAGAUGCAGAAUACCAAAACUCACAAAAAUGUCAGUGUUGAAAAACAGCUUCUGGCACUUCAAGAAGUGAACAUCAGACAAAAUCUGGAAAUCCGAGUCCUGAAGUACACAAUCAGUAGCUUCGAGAAAAGCAUCUGCUUAAUCGAGGAAAAACUCUUCAAACAGGGAAAUGAGUUGAACAAAGAGAAAAAGUGCUCCUCCACGCAGACUGAGAACGAGCAGGAAGCUGACAAAGGCCCAAAGCCCACAGCAAAGAGAACUGGAUCAGACAUGUCACCACCCAGGAAAGCUCAAAAGCCUCGACUUGAUGCUGUUCCAGCUGAUCCUACUAACACAACACACACAACACAAUCUCUCAUCUCCAGUGCGUUAGAAACAUUACAAAAGUCCUGUUCUGAUGUUUUACCUACAGACAGGAUUCAUGCACUUCUCACAGGAACAAGUGAACUUCCUGUUCUGAGAGAUGAAGAGAAACACGUCAUUUCUGAGUUUUGUGUAAACGAGUCCUUAGCAGAGACGUUUCUGUCUGAGAUUUUGGAGAAGAUCAAGGUGGAGAGAGGGUUUAUGGGACAUGAUCUCCUGCAGUCUCUCUGUAGGGUUUAUGUAGGCGUGUGUCAACAGAGAGGAGACUCUCACAAAGCACAUGGUCUCGCCUACAGACUCCUUAAAGAAGACUUUCUUGAAGCCCCCAAAGUAAUUAUGGUCAUGAUCACAGCAUGGCCGAGUAUUUUGUCCCAUGAAAGUUCUUUAUGCCGAUCGAUUCACGUAGUGAGCAACCGGAAAGCAAAGGGAAAGAUAUUUUACUUGCUCAGCAACUAUCUGCGCUGGGAUGAGGAGCCUCCGGGAAACAUCUACAAUAUGAUCACCAGCACCCUGAAGUCUUUUCUGGAAGACAGCAGUCUGAGGUCCUGA